GAAUGGCGAAUCGUUGAUAGACCGGCGCGUGCGAUUUUUUAGCAAACUCAUGCCGCUGCGCCUUAGGUCAAUUGCACAAUCGCCGCCAGCGGUGGACGACCGUCAGCAGGGACAUACCAGUUAUUCGUCGCUGAACCCACGAUGAAUGCGCAAGUGAUAAGGUUAGCGGUGCUACUGUUGGUGACUGCGCGCUUAGCGCCCGUGGUGCGUGGUGCGAACAUUCUUUGCAUCAUGACCGUACCGAGCCCUAGCCACCAUAUCUGGAAUCGAGUCGUAAUGGAGGAGCUGGUGGCCAGGGGGCACAACGUGACGGUUGUGUCACAGGACGGCGAUAAAUCUCGCACCAAUCUCACCUACAUACUGCUCGAAAAGGUGUAUAGCACCAUUUACCAGGACGAGCAGUUGGAUUUGCUCGAAGUGGCGAAGGAAACAGCGUUUCAAUCGUUGUUCACCUUCAAGGAGUUCUACAUGGGCAUGUGCCGGGGUGCGCUGCUAUCCGACGGGCUCAAGGUGAUCCUCAGCUAUCCAGACAGCUUCCGGUUCGAUGUGGUGCUGUACGACUUCGGGUGCGGGCCGUGCCUGUUGCCGCUGUUGCAUAAGUUCCACUACCCGCCACUGGUCAGCCUCACGCCAUUCAGUAAUCCUCCGUUCUCCGUCUUUAUCGCCGGCGGCCAUAAGCACUAUGCGUACACACCACACUUUGCCCUGCCGUACGGAUCGAAAAUGGGCUUUCUGCAAAGGGUGUCCAAUACGUUGCUGUAUCUCGCCGAAGCCAGCAUGCGGGAGUUCUACAUUAUGCCCGCGCUGGACACGAUGGUGCGCACGCACUUUGGCUACGAAGACAUGCCGUACCUCGGGGAGCUGGAACAGCGGACGGUGGUCAUGCUGCUGAAUACAAAUCCCACGUUCGAUUCGCUAGAACCACUGCCGCCGAAUGUGAUCGGUAUUGGGGGUGCGCACAUCAAAGAUCCUGCUCCGUUGCCGGAUGACUUGGAGCGGUUCGUUCAAGGAGGGAAAAAAGGAGCGGUCCUGUUCUCGCUCGGUUCCAACGUACGAUCGGACACCAUCGGCGAGCACCGUCAGCGAGUGUUCAUUGAAGCUUUCCGCCAAAUGCCGGACUACCAUUUCAUGUGGAAAUUCGAGUCGGAACUCAACAUUCCGCUGCCGCCAAACGUGAUCAUCCGACCGUGGUUACCGCAGAACAGCAUCCUGAAUCAUCCCAGGGUGAAAGCAUUCAUCACCCACUCGGGCGGUCUGAGCACCCAGGAAGCUUCCUGGUUUGGGGUGCCGCUGAUUGGCAUGCCAAUAUUCAUCGACCAGCAUCGGAAUCUGGCACGAUCGGUGACCGCCGGUGUGGCCGAAAAGCUGGACUUCGCCUCGAUCACUACCGACGACGUACGCCGGACCGUCCUGAAGGUCCUCGAAACGCCUUCGUAUCGAGACAACAUGAAGCAUCGGGCCAUGUACUUCCGGGAUCAACCCGAAAGCCCACUUCAACGGGCAAUUUGGUGGAUCGAGUUCGCGGUGCGUCAUCCAACCGUCCAGCAUCUUCGAUCGCCUACGCUCGAGCUGGGCACAAUUCGCUCAAAUUUACUCGAUGUCUACGCGUUCUUGUGUGCCAUAGUACUAAUCGUCCUGUGGUUGAUUCACUAUACAGUUAAAAAACUGCUAUUUCAACAACGACGUGGGCUAACGAAAAAGAAACGCGAAUGA